UGAGCUUUUUAGUAAUAAUUAACAAGUCUCCAGUCGUAGCUCUCGAAUGUUGUGCAUAGCCGUUAUAAGCGAGUGUUGAUAUGUUCCCCAAAACUGAUAGCUACCAGGUUAAUAAUAACCAAAAUGAUGCAGAGGUCGGGGAAAGAUAUUGGCCAGUAUGGAUGAUAUGGAAAAGAAGAAGGUAUGUGGUAGCUAUAAUGGUAUUCUUUGGGUUCUUCAAUAAAUUUUUAUUGAGAGCCAAUCUUAGUGUAGCGAUUGUGUCUAUGACUUCUAAAACAGAAGUGAUUCUAGAAAAUGGGACUGUCGCAUAUAUUCGCGAAUUUGAUUGGGAUUCUAAGAUACAAGGAUAUGUACUAAGUUCGUUCUUCUAUGGUUACCUAAUAACACAAGUGGCAGGCGGUUGGCUAGCGGCAAAGUUCGGUGGAAAGUACAUAUUCGGAACUGGUAUUGCCGCAACAGGAGCAUUGACAAUAAUUUCUCCAUUUGUUGCCAAACAAAGUUUUUACCUUCUGAUAGCAGUACGUGCACUAGACGGGCUAUUUGAGGGUAUGACGUAUCCUUCCGUAUAUAUGAUAUGGGCGGAAUGGGUACCGCCAUUAGAAAGAAGUCGUAUAGCAUCCAUGGCAUUUUCUGGUUGUUACAUUGGAACAUUGGUAACUAUACCCUUAAGCGCAUUGUUAGCGGAAAAGUUAGGUUGGGAAUAUAUAUUCUAUGUCACUGGAGGUAUUGCUUUACUAUGGUUUUUAUUGUGGUGCAUUAUUGUGAAGGACUCUCCUACCAAAGACCGAUAUAUUAGCAACUCGGAGCUGAGCUAUAUCCAGGAGGCGUUAGGUGAGCAACAAGUUUGUCGAACUUUCAGUCACCCUUGGAAAAGUAUUUUUACGUCAGUACCAGUGUGGGCCAUUAUCGUAGCUACCUUCGGAGACAGCUGGGGAUUUUACACCCUAUUAACUCAAUUACCGAUGUUUAUGAAGGAUACUUUGAACUUUGAUUUGCCAUCGACGGGGAUUGUUGCCGCGAUACCUUACCUUGUCCUGGCCAUAACUAGCCUAGUUACUGGAUAUCUCGCUGAUUGGUUGCAAGAGAAGGUAAUCAUGAACACUACUCAAGUUCGAAAGACUUUUAACUGCAUAGCACACAUCGGACAAGCUGUGUUCCUGUUAUUAGCGGUCUACUUACUAUCUCCAAUUGAGAGUGCAAUUUUCUUAACGUGUGCUGUAGGUAUAGGAGGAUUUCAAGCUUCAGGAUCUGCAGUGAACCAAUUGGAUAUCGCCCCCCAGCAUGCUAGUGUAAUAUUAGGAAUAAGCAAUACCGUGGGAACUAUUCCUGGAAUAAUAAGUCCGAUUUUAACUGGAUAUAUAGUUACAACGCCGACUGCAGAUGAAUGGCAAACAGUGUUUAUUAUAAGCAGCGCAUUGUAUAUAUUUGUUGCUAUAUUUUAUGGAAUUUUUGCUAGUGGUAACGUGCAACCUUGGGCGAUCUAUACAGACAAUGCCAAAAGCAAUGUUAUAUACGUGAAGCACAGUGACAAUUAAGACUACGUAUUCACAUCUGACAAUUCCUUUUUGUUAUUCCUUUAAAAAUAACAAAACGCACACUAUUAAUAUUCUUUAUAUAAAGGGUUCAGAUAAUGUUACUAAGAUGGUAACCUAUGGAUGGUGCUCUUCCGGCGAGGUACUUCUCCAAAAUGACCUUGAGUGUGCUUCAAUAAUAAACCCAAACAUUCUCAAAUCAAAAAAAUGGAACAGAAUGAUAAGGGGAUUGCAAUGCAUUGUUCAUUAUCCGUCAUUUAAUUAAAAUGUACCUACCUAUUUAUAAUUGUAUAGUAAUUAAUAAUCUUGAUAAU